CUGAGGGGCUGGAGGAGGGACAAGGGGUGGGAACGAAAGUAAACUGUGUGUUUACUUUUGUUUCCUGUCGCAACACCGCGGGCCACAGAAAAUGCCUUGGCAGGCCGCACGGCAGCCCGUGGGCUGUAUGUUGGAUAAACCUGCACUAGACAUAGGGGGAAGCAAUUAUUUUGGGUGGAGGGCUGCUUACUGAGUUGUGGCAAACUAUCAAGGGCUGCAUGAGAGGCAGCCAGGGGCAGAUAAAUAUUAAUUUUCUUAAUUUUGGGGGGGCCCCACAGGCCAAAUAGAAUGGCCUGGUGGGCCUCAUCCAGCCCCUGGGCUGCAUUUUGCCCAUUCCUGCGAGCUUCCCUGGCUUCUGCAAGUGAGAAAUCAAAGCAAGUUUCUUUUGAUGGGCCACAGGAAGGAAAAGUCAGAAAUAUGCUAGUGUUUUCCUUGCUUCUUCCUCCUACACAUCUGAUCUUUCCCUUUCCCCAUCUCUUCCAGAAAGAUAACUUGUUCCACCUUUAUUUUCAGGCUCACCCAUAACCACUGUCUCAUGCCUGCUGCUAUUGGUGACUGGUUUCUUCCAUUUCCUCAUGCUCCUCCUCACUGGAGGUGUGUUGAUUUAGUGGGAAAGAUAAACUUAGAGAAGCAGAGAAAUGGUUACAUGUGCCCUGUUCAAGGGAGCAAGGAAAGGCAGUGAGGGAAGCGAACGUCAAGUCUUUUAUACUUAAUAGACUUCUCUACUGUGGUCCUUUAGGGAAGGCCAGCCAAAAAAACCUCAUGGGGCUCAUGUGGAGUGGGAACAGGGCAAGAAUGGUGGCUAGGGGGAAGAGGGUAGGGAUGCAUUGCCCCAACUCCUUAUGGACCUUCUAAGGUGAGAACUCCCAGUAAACCUGAGGAGGAAUAUUGGCCCCUCUCUACAGCCUUAGGGGCAUGUUAGGUUCCUCACAUGGCAUGUUAGGCCCACAAGGCAUGUGGAACUUGUUAUGCCCCCUCAAAUGCUUUUGGGUAGGAAAAUGAUCCCAUUUUCCAUUGACAAGCCUUCCUAGUGAAAUGGUUGCCUUGUGAGGUCUAACUAAGGAAAUGGGACAGCAGUUAAUGUGUAUACUUAGACUCCUGAUCCAGCAAAACACUAAAUCUUAAGCUUUACUAGGCCCACUGGCUUUACUAGGACUGAAAUCAGGCAUGUGCUUGUGCUUUGCUUGUUUGGGUCCUUAAUAGGUUGGAUUAGAUGGCAUUUUAUAACAAAAUUGCAAAUUCAUAAAGAAAUUUAACUUCAUUUUUGGUCCUAAAGUCCAGAUCUCAACCUGGUUAUUCAGACUGACCAGACUGAUCUUCCCUCUCCUCUCCCCUCCACCCCCAACCUCUUUUUUUCCAGUCUUAGAUUGUCUUGCUUUAGAGUGUCUUGCUUAAGUCUCUUAUCUGAUUCUUGUCAAAUUUGGAUAAAAAUAAACAUGUACCCUGGCCCUGACCUAAACUGCAAAUUUUGAGGCCAACAUGUAAGUCGCACAAGUUUGCUUUCAAGCUGAAAUAUGGGGUGACUACUGUCUAUCAAAAUACUGGUUACACAGAGCCUAGCUCACAUUCAUGCUGCUUUUGCUCUUCAGUGACUUCCCUGUUUUUCUUUAUUGGUAGAAAUAAGAAAUGUAGAUUCCAAUAACUGAGCAAAUGACCUGCCAACAAAUUCAGGGACACCUCAGUUACAAAAGGGGACAGUAAAAUCAACGUGUGGUUCCUAAUCUGUAAUGCAGAGAUUGUCAAAUCCCUCAAGACUUCCUUUUCAAAAUGUACAAUAUGUAAAACCUGUUUAGGAUUUGGAUUGGUAUAGUCACAGAAACCGUAUGCUGCUGCUGCCUGUAUGCAGUAUGUGCUAGUGUGUAUGCUUGGCAGUGGCACAAAGGGAGGCAGUUGAUGAUAUUCAUAGGAUUAAAGGCCUGAUUCCUGGGGACACACUUGGUUGGAUGCAAUUACAAUGCCUCUCAGGCAUUUGAUACCAGAAACCCCUUGACAAACUGUUUGAGCAGACGCGAGUCGCAGCAUCCUAUUGUGAGUGAAUGAUGGCGGAGCUGGCUGGCUUGUCAUCAUUCUCGAAAAUUCUGUGGCCAGUGAACUCCCUCUUCCUCUCCCACUCGCCCUCUUUUCCUUUUCACCACUGCAGGGACUUUUUCUAAUUUGCAGUUUUCCUUUUCCUGACGUACACAUGGUAGAUACAAGCUGGUGGCUUGCAGACUGCGUCUGUCUGGAGAUAGGCAGCAAGCUGAUGGAUAAUAAUGCUCCAGGAGAAUGAUUAUGCAGCAGUUAUUUAAGGAUAGGCUUUUGGGGGUAUGGCAGCGCAUGAGCUGAUUCAUCAGCCUGCAUACACUAACUUGACGCACUGACUAAGAUCUGCUUUUUCACAGAUCAAAAAAGGAGCCAGAGAGCCUUCCUGGUUCUUUAACAACUGGACACAGCAGCCUUGAACCUCUACCAUCUGCUUAAAAAGGACAGGUGGUAAAGGAGAGGAAAUAUGGCAGAUGAUAGGAAGGAGGAAGCCAAGGCACCACACUGGACCUCAAGUCAACUAGCAGAGGCUUCUUCACACCCACAUUCUCCAGAAAUUAAGGAGCAAGCUGGUGCAGGUGCCGGACUGGUCAGAAGUGCCAAUGGAUUUCCAUACAGGGAGGAUGAGGAAGCAAGCUAUGGCGAACGUGAGCAACCAGGCACAUAUUCUAGAACCAAAGAGAACGGGAUCAAUGGAGAACUAUCCACACGAGACAGAGAAACAGCAGAAGAAGUUUCUGCAAGAAUAGUCCAAGUAGUAACAGCUGAAGCUGUAGCAGUCCUGAAAGGUGAACAGGAAAAAGAAGCCCAGCACAAAGACCAGCCUGGACUGCCUUUAGCAGUUGAAGAAUCAGCUAAUCUGCCUCCUUCCCCACCUCCCUCACCAGCCUCAGAACAGACUGGAACAUUGGAUGAAGAUUUACUUACAGCCUCGAAGAUGGAAAUCCAAGACCAGGAGGGCACAGGCCCUUUCACAGCUGAGCCAUUAGACACAAAGGAACGUGAAUCAGAGAAAGACAUUAAGACUGGUGAGCAACCUAAACAUGAUGCUUUAGUUCCACAGCCAGCAAAAACAGAGGAUACAGAUAAAAAGGAAUCUCGUGGAAAAGAAGAGGGAAUGCUUCCCACUUUCUCACAAACUUUGGAUACAGAUCUGCAAAAGAAAGGAGAAGUAAGUUCUACAGAACCUGAUUCAACUGCAAAACCUUCUGUCUGUCAAGAACAAAGGGAUUUGUCCACUGAACAACCAAAAGAGAGUAAAGCAGAUGAAAGGAGUACAGAUGACUCAAUACCUUCAAGCCAAGUGAUUCCCUUAAAAUAUAAAGAUGACUUUAAAGAUGUUCAAGAUCAUGUCUCCAUGCAAGGAAUAAGUUCUUUGCCACCAGAAUCCAAAGUUGAUGUGUCAGAUACUGUCAGAAAAGAAGUUCCUUCAGAAACAUCAUCAGCUAUCCCACAGAAAUAUCAGAUUGAAGACAGUUACAAAAUAAAACAAGACUCUGCUGAACAACAGAUUGCCAAAGAUUUCUCAAGAGAGGAGGAACGGAUCUCCAAAGACAAAAUAGAAACUCUAGAGGCACAAGGAGUAUCAGCAGUGACUGUAGAUACCCCAAUUACAGAGGAAAGGUCCACCCAGAAAUUUUCUACUUGGGGGGAAGAAAAGGACAUGACAAGAGAUGAGAGUGAUGAAGAUGAAAGAUACGAUUUCCUUGAUGGACAGAAGUCCAAGGUAUUAGAUGACAGUAAUUUUUUUACAAAGUCUGAAGAGAAAGGACUUGUUGCAGACAAAGAAAUUGUUCAAAAGGAAGGUGAAACUAAAAAGUCACCUGAUAGUCUCAAAACAGAAAAAGAAAUGGAUCAAGCUGGGGUUUCAGGAGCAAUAGAUACCAAAAAGGAAGAACAGGCAAGCAUAAAUGCCCCCACAAGCACAUUAAGCCAUGAACCUGUAGAUAAAGUUCAGUUAUCUAAAACAGCAGAGAAAGCUCCUGAUGCUCUAAGCUUAACAGGUGAAAAAGGUCCAACUCAAGAAUUUUCUCAUGAAAAAGAUAUAAAAAAGGAUACUAAGGAGGAUAAUAUCUGUAUUGCAGACGCAGCUACUCAUGAAAUACAAGCAGAAGAGGAUAGGUCAGGAAUGUCAAAGUAUUUUGAAACAUCUACUUUGAAAGAGGAAGCAAUAAAAAGUGACAUUCAGAAGCAAGGCAGUGAUUACUAUGAACUAAGUGAUACUAAAGAAAGUGCAUACGAACCUUAUCAUAUAGAUUCUCCAUUAUCUAAAAAAGAGGAAGAUGAAUUAGAGUCAGAACCUGAUCAACACCCCAGUGCUCAUGAAAUAGGGUACAGUACUCUUGCUCAUACUUUUCCAUCUGACAACUCAGAGGAACCCAGUUCACCAGAAAGAAUGUUCACUAUUGAUCCCAAGGUAUAUGGGGAUAAGAGAGAUAUGCAUAAUAAAAAUAAAGAUGAUUUGACUCUAAGCAGGAGCUUAGGACUUGGAGGUAGAUCUGCAAUUGAGCAGAGAAGUAUGUCAAUUAACCUGCCAAUGUCUUGUCUGGAUUCUAUAGCUCUAGGAUUUAGCUUUGGUCGGACACAUGAUCUGUCUCCACUAGCUUCAGAUAUUCUGACUAAUACUAGUGGGAGUCUGGAUGAAGGUGAUGACUACUUGCCAGCAACCACCCCAGCAUUAGAGAAAGCCCCUUGCUUCCCUAUCGAUAGCAAAGAUGAUGAUGAUGAUGAGAUGGAAGAGGAAAAAGCCAUGACAGAAGAAAACAUUCAGGCUGAAUCCCUGGUUGAAUCACCUUUCUUGGCUAAAGAUUAUUACAAAAAUGGGACUGUAAUGGCUCCUGACUUGCCUGAAAUGUUGGAUCUAGCAGGCACAAGGUCUAGAUUAGCUUCUGUGAGUGCUGAUGCAGAGGUGGCUCGAAGGAAAUCUGUUCCUUCUGAUGCUGUUGCAGAAGACAGUGGUACAACCCUGCCUCCUGUGUCUGAUGAAAACCACAUAACCCUAAAAGCUGAAAGUCAGCUGGAAGAUUUAGGCUACUGUGUCUUCAAUAAAUACACAGUUCCACUUCCUUCUCCAGUCCAGGACAGUGAAAGUUUAACUGGUGAAACAUGCCCUUUUUAUGAAGGCACAGAUGAAAAACUGAGAAGAGGUCUACCAGCUGACCUCUCUUUGAUAGAAGUCAAGUUGGCAGCAGCUGGGAAGUCCAAACCAGAAUUUGCUAGUGAAUUUGCUAGUGAUCAAGACUUGAGCCAGCACAUAUCUGGUGACUCAAUGGUCCUGGUAAGGGAAUAUGAGCAGGAGAAGAAAGGUGCUGAUAAGCUAGAUACUCUGCUAGAAAAAAGUGAAGAACAGGCUGAUUCUAAAGAAAUGUAUGCCAUUAAAAGUAAAGAACAUGAGAAAAUGAGGCCCGAUGCAAUUAUUGAAGUGAAAGAAGAAGGUUUGGUUGAUAAACUUCAUAUAGCUGGGUCAGACAAUGCUUUAGCUAAAGUGAUCACCAAAGAAAAAGAUAUUGUUUCUUUAUUCACUGAGAAGGAGGAAAAGUCUCUUAGUGUUGUUCCAGAGGUAGCUGAGGCAGAAACACCACAAAAACCAGACUAUGAUGCUAUAAAACAUGAUCUGGAUGUUGCUGCAAGGCAAGUAGAUGAAGAAUAUCAGCGUCAAUUAGAUAAUAAGAUCAGUGCAUUUGUUACACCUGCUUCAGAGCAGGACAAAGCUUAUGUAAAAGGAGCAGAUUCUGAAAUACAAGAAGCUCCAAAAGACCAGACUUCAUUAUCCAAGGAAUCAAAAGAGGCAGAUGUUCUCUCAAGGACUGAGCCUACUCAUGUAAAGGAUAGCACCAAACCAUCUGAAACUGAGAUCAAGGAGAAAGUAACUAAGCCUGAUCUGGUGCAUCAGGAAGCAGUUGAUAAAGAAGAAUCUUAUGAGUCUAGUGGAGAACAUGAUCAGACCCAAGAGGGCUUGAAUGAAGAAUCUCUAAAACCAGAUGACAAUAAAACAGAAUCUCAGAAACCUUCUGUGUCAGAAGAAGAUAUUACAUCAAAAUUGCCAGUGAAGGAACCUGCCCUUGAGUUCCCCAUUUCUGAAGCUGAGUCUGUGCAGGAGGAGACAGCUGAAAUCCAAAUGGAGAGCAUACCACAACCUAAAGAAGAAGCUCCUGAUGCAGCUGCAAGACCCAUAGAAACCACAGAGCAGCUGCCAUGUGGUCUAACAGCUGAGACUCCAAAAGGAGAAGAGCAUGAAGAAGGAGGAGAGGAGGAGAAGGAAGAAGAGAAGCAACAAUUCAUAACAGAAAUGCCCCAAGAAACAGACUUGAAGACAGCCGCCAAAGAAGAAGUGCCAGCUGAGGCCAGCUUAGAGGAAAUGCCUGAACUGAAAGGGGUUAUUGAGUCUGUUGUCACAGUUGAGGAUGACUUCAUCACGGUGGUCCAAACAACUGUGGAUGAGGGUGAAUCUGCUUCUCACAGCGUGCGCUUUGCUGCCUCACAGCAGGAAGAACUGGAAACAGGAGACUCUCAGCCUGAAGAGGAAGUGGAUAUGGAGGAACCAGCUGAUAGCCAAGCAGAACUCAAAGAAGGCUCGCCAGAAGCUCCUGCCUCACCUGAGAAAGGAGAAAUCCUGCUUACUGAUUAUAAGACCGAGACAUAUGAUGAUUACAAAGAUGAAACAACUAUCGAUGACUCCAUCAUGGACACAGACAGCCUCUGGGCAGAUACUCAAGAUGAUGAUAGGAGCAUCAUGACAGAACAGUUAGAGACUGUUCCUAAAGAGGAGAAGGCAGAGAGAGAAUUGCGAAGAUCAUCUCUGGAUAAACAUAAAAAAGAGAAACCUUUUAAAACUGGGAGAGGCAGGAUUUCUACUCCUGAAAGGAAAAUAGCUAAAAAGGAACCUAGCACACUCUCCAGAGAUGAAGUGAGAAGGAAAAAAGCAGUGUAUAAGAAAGCUGAACUUGCUAAAAAAACUGAAGUUCAGGCCCACUCUCCCUCCAGGAAAAUCAUUUUAAAACCUGCUAUCAAAUAUACUAGACCAACUCAUCUCUCCUGUGUUAAACGGAAGCAGACAGCGGCAGGUGGUGAAACAAAUCAGGCUCCUGGUGUAUUUAAACAAGCCAAGGAAAAACUUUCAACUUCCUCUUUGUCAAAGAUUCCUGCCUCAAAGUCUAGAGCAAAGUCAAUGCUUCCUCCAAGACCCAGCUCAGCUUGCUCACUAACUACUAAAAGAGCUACUUUUCUCGAUACAGACAGUUAUUUUGUACGGCCCUCCUCAGCGGGCCCAAGAGACUGCUUGCCAUACUCAAAAUCAGAUACUAAGGAUGGAGUAACCAAGAGUCCAGAAAAGCGUUCAUCUCUACCAAGACCUUCCUCCAUCCUCCCCCCUCGGAGAGGUACCUCAGGAGACCGAGACAGAGAUGAGAACUCUUUUUCCCUCAAUACCUCUAUUUCUUCUUCAGUACGACGGACCACCCGAUCAGAGCCAAUUCGUAGCAGAACAGGAAAAAGCGGCACUUCUACACCCACGACUCCUGGAUCUACCGCGAUCACUCCUGGUACCCCACCUAGCUACUCUUCGCGUACCCCAGGGACUCCUGGGACGCCCAGCUAUUCCAGGACACCCCAUACUCCUGGAACUCCCAAGUCUGCUAUCCUAGUGCCCACUGAGAAGAAAGUCGCCAUCAUACGCACUCCUCCCAAAUCUCCAGCAACACCCAAGCAACUACGAGUUAUUAAUCAGCCUCUGCCGGACCUCAAGAAUGUCAGGUCCAAAAUUGGAUCAACAGAAAAUAUCAAGUACCAGCCAAAAGGGGGACAGGUUAGGAUUUUAAACAAGAAGAUCGAUUUUAGUGAUAUUCAGUCCCGAUGUGGUUCCAAGGAUAACAUCAAACAUUCUGCAGGGGGAGGAAAUGUACAAAUUGUAACUAAGAAGAUAGACCUGAGUCACGUCACUUCCAAAUGUGGCUCCCUGAAGAACAUUCGUCAUAAACCAGGUGGGGGGCGUGUGAAAAUUGAAAGCGUGAAGCUGGAUUUCAAAGAAAAGGCUCAGGCUAAAGUUGGUUCACUUGAAAAUGCCCACCAUAUACCUGGAGGUGGUAACAUCAAGAUUGACAGCCAGAAGCUAAACUUCAGAGAGCAUGCUAAAGCCCGUGUAGAUCAUGGGGCUGAAAUCAUUACGCAGUCACCGGGAAGAUCCAGCGUGGCUUCCCCUCGCAGACUCAGCAAUGUCUCAUCCUCUGGAAGCAUCAACCUGCUUGAAUCCCCUCAGCUUGCUACCCUUGCUGAAGAUGUCACGGCAGCCCUAGCUAAGCAGGGCUUAUGAAUUUGCUUCAUUUAGCAGUGUAUGAAGUAAUAAUAUUUAGGCAUGAGCUCUUGGCAGGAAUGGGCUCAGAGCAGGUGUUACAUUCAUUCUUUACCAUGUCUAAAAUUAAGUCACAUCCCAAGACUGUAGUAAAUAUACAAUAAAAAAAAAUGAAAAAAAAAAUAGAUACAAAAAUUGGCCUGAUCUCCAUUUACAGCAGGAAGACACUGGCUUUACAUGGGUAUACAAUCAAAGUAUAUUAUAUUGGACAAUUAUUGUUGCUCUGCUCUGUCUUGCAUGGAGUACCGUACUAUGAUAAAAUGCAUUUUUACCUUUCAUGUGCCUGAAGGCUGUCCACCUCUUUCUGAAGAGCCUUGUUAAUAUCCCAAGUUGCUCAUUUCACUGUUCUGUUGAUAGGUGGGAGAAAAAAAAGUUGCCCACUGUAAUUUAUUACAGGUUAAAUUAAACUGAAGAUUCCACUUAUCAGAAGGAAGGGCAUAUAAAGAAAAUCAAGUUUAAUUAAAGUGUUAUUUUGUAUAAAUGAGUAGAAGAAAGAUUGAAUUAAGUUAUUAACAUUUUUGGGCCUGGUUAACCCUGUCAGUGUAUAGCUGAUUCCGAUAAAUUAUUUAACUAAUAACUAAAAAUAGUAGUUGAAAAACACUUGAACCAUGCUUGAGGAAGUGACAUGGAAAAGCUAUCGAAAGGGAGCACUUCCAUUCCAAUGGACUUGUGUCUGAUUAGAAUGUUGGUUAAGCGGCUAGAUUUGUGUACACACUACCGGUUUCACAUCCUUUCCAUCUGUUUGAUACAGUAUUAUAGAUAUAUAUAUUUCUCUGUGGCCAUUUGUGAUACGCCCUCAUAUACUUGAAUAUUAUACUUCUUUAUUCACAGUAUCUGUGUCUCUUGCACCCUUUGGUGUUGCAAUUUUAGGUAUGUAAAAGUAGAUGUUAGCAGGGUUUUUUUCCCUAUUCAGAAAAAUACAUUAAAAAAAAAUGACAAAAAUUUUAGCAUGAAUUGCUUUCUGUAACAACUAAAAGCCGUGACCCUGUUUUAGUGCCAGAUGCAAGUCUCUUCUGUGAUGCUAGAAAAAUAAUUCCUUCCCUCCCCCUUUUCUUCACCAAGACUGAUUUUGUGGGGUUCAGAUGUUUGUAAAAGGGUCUCCAAAGAGGUGGGUUUAGAUUUUGGAUUUUUAAAAAUCCAACAAUAGUUUGGUUUCGGCAUUUUUUUAAAUUCCUGUAGUAACAAUGAAUACUGCAUUUAUUUAUUCUUUUUUCUUUUGCUAAAGUUGAAACACAGAAAAAGAGUAUUAGGGUGUCAUUCUAGUCCUUCAGUGAUGUCUUAUGUAUAUGAUCAGGUGCUCAGUGAUAAGCACUGUAGAACAUGCCUAUAAAUUAUAAUAAAUAAAUACAAUAAAUAAAUAAAUAAAUAAAAUAAACAUCCUAGAUGGGGUCACUAUGAUGACCAGAUAGAUAAUAGGGUAUCUUUAAAUCUGAACCAAGUGAGAUUAUAUUGACUAUAAAAAGUAUAAGACAAAGUGUGAAUUAAAAGAAAAAGGCAGAGAGAGAUAAACAACACAUCUAAUGGAGUUACUUGUAAGAAUUCCAGUGCUACUUUAUGGACACUAAGAAAACACUGAAGGUAAUAUGGUACUAUUAUUCAUCAGUGGAUAAUAAUCUGCUGAUGUUAUGUAUAAUAGACAUUAUGAAAUGACCAGUUUACACACUUGCAGAAUGGUGUUUUCCUUUUGAAAUCUCCAGAUAACCUUUGCACUGUUAGUUAAGCUAUACAUGAACCAUGAGUUGGAAGCUUUUGAGUGUUCUAUCUGUUCUUUUUACUUCUUAUUUGUACAUGAAUGUGUGGAUCAGGGACUGAUCUGAAAAGAUGCAUAGUGAGAGAAGAUUUUUUGUCUGUGGAGAAGAAUUGUUAUAAUUAAUAGAACAGGAUGCCACAUAGUUAAAUUCAGGUAGAAAACUGUACAGAUAUUAACAAUAAAUGUUUGAGGUGUCCAAAGAUUUUAGCUAAGCAAUUCCCAAAAGUAUGAAAAUUAAUUAUUUAGCUAAAACUCCAGGUAUCUUACUGACAAUAAAUUCUUAAAUACACCUGUACAUCACACUUCAACUCUGCAAAAAGCUUUUUCACACUACAAAGUACCUAAUGCUGCUUAGAAAUCUGUAAUUUUAUACAAAAGCUAAUGAGCUUAGACAUCAAGUUACGUACAUCAAGAGGAUUCUGGCUUUUGCCUUGCAGUUUCUGUACUGAUGCUUAGAAUAAGCAUAAGAAUUGACAUGGAAAUAUUGUAUGGUGUGGUAUAAAAAAAUCCUUUGCCAUUUUUAAAGAGAAAACAAGAUAGGAAAACAGUAUUUUUGAACAUGUUGCUGUGUCUGUAGCAUCAAUUAAUGCAAAUUAGCUUUGCACUGUUUUUAUUAUGUGUUUUGCCAGUGUUAGAGAGAAACCAAGGUACUGCUGAACCUCACUUUCACUGCAGCUGAGCACCAGCAAGGCAGAACAGUGUUUAACCUUCAACUUAAGUAUUUUCAUUCUCCUUUUAAAAUUAACAUACUAUAAAUCAUUAACUUGAGUCAGUACAUAGACAACAUCCAAAGUUAGAUUGGUGCGAUACACUUGGUUACUUACUUCAUGCAUUGAAAUGAGCUUCCUUGUCUUAAUUCAAGCAAAGACCUUGUAAUUAGUAACUGUCCUUCCAUGGAAAGCAUUCUAGAUCUUUUGUGGAGUUAGAUGAAGAUAAAAGAAAUGAAGAGUUUGCACUGUUGAAUAAAGAGCAGUUGUGUUACAUGAUUCAAGGUGUUCAUUGAAAAAGCUCCUCAAAAUCUUAAUUUCUCAAGAAGAAUGUUGUUGUGUUAAAAAAAAACAACUUUGUAAGCAUCUGAUGCCCACAUUGAAAAGAAAAUAUAUCCAAGAUUCUAGAAAGCACAUCUUUAAUAUUUUGAUUCUACUGGUAGGUAUAGCCAGUCGGUGGUAUCUGAGAUCAAACCUCUCUCUAUUUGUAACAAUACAUCAUCCAGGGAAAUUGAACACUUAAAUUCCACCAAAUUGAAUAGCAGUAGAAUGACCAAAACUGAAUAUAUCUUUUGAGUGAUGAGAGUAAAAAAGGCGCUCCUUAAGAAUUUCUGCAUCUGCAAUUUUCUGUUUGUAUGUAACCACAGGCAGGAAGAAAUCAGCAGAAGUCGAAUAGAUCUUUGUCCAGUACCAUUAAAGGAAAGACUAAUAAUGAUGAGGAAAAUCAUGUGUCCACUAGAUUACACAUAGUUUCACUGUACAGCACUAAAUGGUAUUAUCCAUUCAAAUAUGAUAAAGUACAGUAGCAACAUUCCUUUCCUCAUCAUGACUGCUCGCAGAUGUAUACAAAUUUGCCUAUCUACAUGACCCAAAAGGAGUCAAAAAGCAGUCAUUGUGGACAACCACAUACAGGAUGUGCUGGACUAAAUAAUAUUUGGAAACCAAGUAUGAAUGUCCCUUCAAAGACACACGUCUUGAAGUGUAGAUCACUUUUGCUAUGUAAAAUGAAGAUAGAAUUUUAGCCUAGGUGUGCGCAGAGCUCAUUUGCUAGUAAUUUCACUCAAAUCAUUCCCUCUGCAGGAAAAUGAAUAACUUUCACACUUGGAAAGGUCAAGCAUAAACACCACUUCAACUUUAGCAAAGAGAAAAAAAAGAAAACAUAUUCUGUAUGCUGGGAUUUCAAGGAAUACAGUCUGCCGUUACAAACCUGUGUUUUUUUCUGAUAAUUCUAGAGCCUGUUACCAUAAAGAGGCAUUUCUUGAAUGGCUGGUGGUAGUUAGUUCAUGUUUUUCAAUCCGAUUUGCAAUUGUAUUUGUUGCUGUAUAGUGAUUGUUUUGCAAAAUAAAAUUGCUUGUCAUCUAA